UGUGAUCAGCGUUGCCCGUGUCUCUCUUCUCUUCUCUUCUCUCCUCCCCCUUGGUCAUUGCUUCUCUUGCUUGCCCACGCAUAUACCCCCCACGCACAUACACCCUCACGCACACUGCACGCAUAGCCAUGUCGUCGUCGUUCUCUCGGGUCCUGCGACCUGCCUUGCGGGGAGGACGGGGUCUCACCCAGCGUGUUGCCGUGACCCAGACCGUCCCCCGGGCAAUCUCAAGAACAACUGUCACCGCCGUCCGACCCUUGUCCACGACCGCCCCGCGCCGCAACGGCGAGGCCUUCGACAUCUCCGAGAUCCCACCCACGCCCAUCAGUCACCUCUCCGAGAUCGAGGCCGCCAUGGCCGAGUCCGUGUCCAAGUUCGCCGCCGACGUCAUCCUCCCCCGCGCCCGCGACAUGGACGAGGCCGAGGCCAUGGACCCGGCCAUCGUUGAGCAGCUCUUUGAGCAGGGCCUCAUGGGCGUCGAGAUCCCCGAGGAGUACGGCGGCGCCGGCAUGAACUUCACCUCGGCCAUCAUCGGCAUCGAGGAGCUCGCUCGCGCCGACCCCAGCGUGUCGGUGCUCGUCGACGUCCACAACACGCUCUGCAACACCGCCAUUAUCAAGUACGGCUCCAAGGCCCUCAAGGAGAAGUGGCUGCCGCAGCUCGCCACCGGCACCGUGGCCUCGUUCUGCCUCUCCGAGCCCGUCUCCGGCUCCGACGCCUUCGCCAUGGCCACCAAGGCCACCGAGUCGGCCGACGGCUUCACCAUCUCCGGCGGCAAGAUGUGGAUCACCAACUCGAUCGAGUCGGACCUCUUCAUCGUCUUCGCCAACCUCGACCCCUCCAAGGGCUACAAGGGCAUCACCGCCUUCAUCGUCGAGAAGGGCACCCCCGGCUUCUCCAUCGCCAAGAAGGAGAAGAAGCUCGGCAUCCGCGCCAGCAGCACCUGCGUCAUCAACCUCGAUGACGUCUUCGUCCCCAAGGAGAACCUCCUCGGCGAGCGCGGCCAUGGCUACAAGUACGCCAUCUCGCUCCUCAACGAGGGCCGCAUCGGCAUCGCCGCCCAGAUGACGGGCCUCGCCCUCGGCUCCUUCGAGAAUGCCGUCAAGUACGUGUACAACGACCGCCGCCAGUUCGGCCAGCUCGUCGGCGAGUUCCAGGGCAUGCAGCACCAGAUCGCCCAGUCCUACACCGAGAUCGCCGCUGCCCGCGCCCUCGUCUACAACGCCUCCCGCAAGAAGGAGGCCGGCGAGGACUUUGUCCGUGACGCCGCAAUGGCCAAGCUCUACGCCUCCCAGGUGGCCGGCCGCGUGAGUGGCCUCGCCAUCGAGUGGAUGGGUGGCAUGGGCUUCGUCCGCGAGGGUCUUGCCGAGAAGUACUGGCGCGACAGCAAGAUCGGCGCCAUCUAUGAGGGCACCAGCAACAUCCAGUUGAACACUAUUGCCAAGCUAAUCCAGAAGGAGUACACCCAAUAGAAGGAAAACAACAAAUUAGAAAGUCUCCUCAAAUAGGACCAGAUAAAAACAGAAGGAAAAUGAUGAAGUGAAUGAUCACUAAAUACUCCUAUCUUCUAUUGCAUCUCCUCAGUGAAGAAUAUUCCCUCUUGCCAGACACUAGACAAAGGCAGCUCUACAGACACCACAACCCCCAUAAUCACGUAGCAUCACAACCUCACGCCGGACUUAUGGACAAAACUUCUAAUGGACUAAUUUCCAACAACGUCAUUAUCUUGACUUCUAUUAAGCAGGCAUGC